AUGUUCCCUCUGCAUGCAUGUUAGUUACAUGACAUUGUUGGUUUCAUGAGAUUUGAUUCAAGUUUAUCGUUUGUUUUGUUUGUUAAUGACGCAUGCAUGAAACCGUUUGAGUUCAUGUAUUGAAUGGAACAAAUGUUAAUGGAGAAGAGUAUAGAAAAAUAAGUGAAAAGCAUUGGAAGGAAAAAUACACACGAUGAUUGGUAAAGAUGGAGGUGUUUUUAAGGCAUGGGAAGCCACGGUGAGAAGAACGCAUGCAGUAGCUAAGAAACGCGCGAAUAGUAUAUUUGGGCUUGGGACGUUAUCGAUAUCAAAUACCGACGAAGAAGAACACCACAUUGAUGAUAAUGAAGAUAUCGGAAAUGAUACGUUGGAAGUAUAUAAUGAAGAGAAAUUUCUUCCUAAUGGAGAUUAUUAUAAAGGACAAUGGGCUGAGAAUUUUCCGCAUGGAGAAGGAAAGUAUCUAUGGAUAGACGGGUGUAUGUACGUCGGACAAUGGUCCAAAGGAAAAACAAAGGGAAAAGGUAGAUUUAGUUGGCCUUCCGGGGCUACAUACGAAGGCGAAUUCAAGAGUGGUUUCAUGGAUGGUGUAGGAACGUACACGGGUUGUAACGGUGAGACGUAUAAAGGACAAUGGGUGAUGAACUUGAAACAUGGUCAUGGGUUUAAGAGUUAUGUUAAUGGUGAUUGGUAUGAAGGUGAUUGGAGAAGAGGGGUGCAAGAUGGAAAAGGGAGGUAUGAAUGGGGAGAUAUGAGUCAUUAUAUCGGGGAAUGGAAGAAUGGUACAAUUUGGGGUAAAGGGUCAUUUUUUUGGCCUAAUGGGAAUAAUUUUGAAGGGUUUUGGGAAGAUGGUUUACCAAAAGGAAAUGGGACUUAUAGAUGGCAAGAUGGAAGCUAUUAUGUUGGAAAUUUUUGUAAAGAUGGUGAUGAUGAAGAUGGAGAAAAAGGAACACUUUAUCCAUUUGAUCCGUCAUCUGAUGAGACGCAUUUGGAUUGGGAUCCUCAGGAAUUGUAUAGCGAGUUAAGUAUUUAUUCGGUUUGUCCUGGUGAGAAGGUUUUGGUUUUGCCAUCACAAAAGAGACUUGCGGUUAUGAAGUCUACGAAAGGAGUGGAUUGUGCUAAACCGAGGAGAAUGUCGGUUGAUGGAAGGGUGAGUGUUAGUGGGGAUAGAAUGAAUUUGUGGGAUGGUGGCGGGAGUAGUCACGGAGGAGGAGGUGGUGGAGGAGAUUUUGAUCUUACUAGCGGUGGUAGUAGAACUCCUCCUCCUACUUUAGGGAGUGAUCUUGAUGAUGAAUCAAUUGGUUCAAGGGUUGAUGAUGCUAAUGAUGCUCUGAAUCAACUUCAACCUUUGAAAGCACCUAAGAAAGCAAAGAGGCAGGGUGAGACUAUUUGUAAAGGGCAUAAAAAUUUUGAGCUCAUGCUUAAUUUGCAGCUUGGAAUUAGGCACUCGGUUGCAAGACCUGCUCCGACUGCAUCACUUGAUCUUAAACCUUCGGCUUUCGACCCGAAAGAGAAAGUAUGGACAAGAUUUCCACCAGAAGGAUCAAAAUACACUCCACCACAUCCAUCAUGUGACUUUAAAUGGAAGGACUAUUGCCCUGUAGUUUUUAGGACUCUUAGGAAGCUAUUCAAUGUGGAUCCAGCUGAUUACAUGCUAUCCAUAUGUGGAAACGAUGCUCUUCGCGAGCUUUCGUCUCCUGGAAAAAGUGGAAGCUUCUUUUACUUAACCAACGACGACCGUUACAUGAUCAAGACAAUGAAGAAAGCUGAAGUAAAAGUCCUCAUAAAAAUGCUUCCUGCUUAUUACAAUCAUUUUCGGGAGCAUCAAAAUACGCUAUUAACGAAAUAUUACGGCUUGCAUUGCGUAAAGUUAAAUGGACCUAUCCAAAAGAAGGUUCGAUUUAUCAUAAUGGGAAACCUCUUUUGUUCCGAGUACAUCACUCAUAGACGCUAUGAUUUGAAGGGUUCUUCGCUUGGUCGCACGUCAGACAAACUUGAGACCGAGAUUAGUGAAACAACUAUUCUUAAAGAUCUUGACCUUAAUUUUAUAUUUCUACUUCAGAAGACGUGGUUUCAAGAGUUUUGCAGACAAAUUGAUAAGGACUGUGAGCUUUUGGAACAAGAAGGAAUUAUGGACUAUAGUCUUCUACUUGGCAUUCAUUUCAAAAAUAUAUCACAAGAUGGAGAUGUUAUUCCUUUAAUAUCUCUUACUCCUACCAGUGAAUCAGAGAACGAAGGAACUCCAUGUACUCCCGUCGAAUACAUAGAUCAACUUCCUUCCGAUCCUUCAAGUACACUAUUGGGUGUGAAUAUUCCAGCAAAAGCUGAACGGACGGUAAGAAGAGGCGAUAUCGAAACACAACUAGUUGGAGAACCAAUUGAAGAGUUCUAUGAUGUUCAACUUACUUUUGGUGUAAUAGACAUACUUCAAGACUACGAUAUCAGCAAGAAGCUAGAACAUGCUUACAAGUCCAUUCAAUAUGACCCUACCUCAAUAUCAGCUGUUGAUCCUAGACAAUACUCGAGGCGUUUUCGCGAUUUUAUAUUUCGAAUUUUCAUUGAAGAGACUCUUGAAACAUAGAGCAUGGUUCUUCUAUUCCUCAAGUAUAUUGUUGCUUAUCAUAGUUCAUAAUUUUUUGAUUUUUUGUAUAGUACAUUAUGUAUAUG